AUUAGUAUUUGUCGAGUAUAAUUUUCCCUCUUUAUUUACAUCCUCAGUCAUCACAUACACAUAUAUAUAUAUCUUAUUUAUUUGUUCAAAGUAGUAGGCCGAAAAAGGUUUCUUAACAAUGUGGGAACUUACACACUCACGGUUUUACAUUUUUAAAUAUAUAGAAUAGUUGGAAAUUUCAAUCCACAGAUUGAAUAAAAUUUUAUUCCUCAGGAUAUAUCUGCUUUGAUGUAACAAAUAAUUCCUCAUAUGAUGGAUGAAUCAUGGGAGCAGGGUGAAGCGGUCAUGGCUCUUCUGGCUCCUCCAGGGUUAAUUCCAUCCUGGGCACUGCCUGCACGCUAUUGCUCUUCCAAGGUUACAGGGCGGUCCCUCACACGGGGAUAAAUCACGGUAUCUGCCAAUGACGCAUGAAUCAUGAUCACAUUCACAGGUGUUGAAUGCUUAUACGAAGAUCAUUUCUUCUCAUCUUAAUUCACCAUAACAUCUUCGGAACUCUCAUCCAAGAAUCGAGUAAUUGAAACAUUCAAACUUUUCAACUCCCAUCUGCAAUUCCAACGUCAAUUCAUUCUUUUCUCUCGAAAAAAUAUAUACAUUAAUAAAGAGCACCAAAUGCUUCGUGAUUCUAUAAACUGAGAUCAGUCAAUUGCCUUUAUCUUUUGCUGUGAUUCACGCGAUGUUUUUGUUGCACCGGCGUUCUCUUAUAACGCUUGCAAUAGUCGCGGCCAUUAUGCCCGGCACGAUUCUUGGCUGUGUAGCGCAAUCACCGGCGAUGUCAGUUGCUAACUGCAGUGACGCCUUCCUCAACUUGACUGGCUGCUUGUCCUAUACUGCCGUCGGCAGCAAUGACACAUCACCUAGUGGCGACUGCUGCCCUGAGCUCGCUGGUCUUCUUGACUCCAACGCCAUCUGCCUCUGCGAACUCCUCGCCGGAGGUGCCCAGCGCUUAGGCAUCGCUUUGAUAGCCCCCCUCCCUAUGCCCCCCCUCCCUAUGCCGCCUCGACACGCCGAUGGUGAGCUUGUGCUCAGAUGUAGGAAUUCCUGUUGCAAGUCCAACCACGACCACUUUACCAGCUCCCGCAACUCCAACUUCGGCCGGUUCACCAGCUCCCUCAGCCGCCUGAAACGGCGGCCAGGAAUCACCUGGUGAGAUGACUUAUGUCUAAUUACUUCGCAAACAUCAAAUUAAUAAUUUUAUACCUCUUCCAAUUCAUUGCUUGAAUAUGCAUUCUUAGAAUUGCCGUAGGAGAUGGAGCUGCAGAGCUUGUUAAGACAGCGGCUUUAUCGUUCAUUGCCACCGCGGUGGCAAUCAUUUUUAGUCGACCUUAAUUAAUAAAAUUAUUCAAUAAUAUUGAUCUGUAUGCUCAAAUUAACCUUUGUUUCAGAGUUCGAGCUCUGUAAAUUUGGUUUAUUUCACUUCUCAAAUUGGCACACGUUAUUGAGACAAUAAA